AUGUCGGGUUUUUCUUUAUGGACUACCAAUACUACACUGGGUGGUGAAAACUUCGUUAAUAAUGGCUUUGUUGGUAUAAAUUCAAAUAGUCAAGCAAAUGUGCAACACUUAAAUGAAUUCUACUUGAAACCUGGUCAAUUAGUAUUUCAUCCUGGUGUUAACAACGCUCAUGCAUGUAUUCGUUUUACUGUUCCGUCAGCUGGCUUCUAUGAUGUGGAAGGUGUAUUCUUUUCACCAGGACCUCCAAGUGCUCCAGAUGGAUAUGCAACUACAGAUGUACAUUUAUCCAUUAAUGAUGUUGAACUUCGAUCGUUGUGGAUCAAUCAAAAUUCGGGCAUGUUGAUCUUUCGUCAAAUUUAUUUGAACGUGGGUGAUACUGUUCAAUUUGAAAUUGGAUGGGGACAGAACAAGAACUAUCUUCGUGAUACAACUGCUGCAAAUAUUGCGAUCGUAGCCUACAACUAA